GUGGUAAGUCACAGUGAAUGUUGCUCUGUUGUGGUCUGGUUCUAAUUUUGAUACAACCCUUGUUGUAUUGAAGAGUUGAGGUGGAGAUGUAAUAAAGCUCUGCUGCAGGGAGGUGAUGGAGUCUAGCAGCCGUCCAUGCAAUAAGCUCAUGAGGGUCAACAUUAAUGGCAGCUCUUACUUUGUGGAUAAAGGCACUCUGGCUGACAACUGUGAGUAUUUCAGAGCAUUGUUCCAGUCAGGAAUGAUCGAGUGCCAGCAGGGGGAGAUCCAGCUGCAAUGCGUGGGGACUCUGGGGUUCCUGGUCUUGCUGCAGGUCCUGGAUGGGGAGCGACCAGUGCUCAACAGUGACCAGAUCGUGGAAGCCAUCGAGUGUACAGCUUUUCUCCAGGUGUCUGUCCUCACCAAGCACUUGAUCAGUAUCCUCAAUUCGGAAAACUGUUUACUCAUUUACCAUACAGCUGCCACCUAUGGUGUGUGGGAGCUGUCCCACAGGUCAGCCUUAUUCAUCAGAGACAUGUACACAGACCUAUGGGAGGAUGUUCAAACCUUACCCAACAAGCUGGUGGAGUAUAUUGAAUCUCUUCUUCCAAGCAGCUACAUGGCAGUGUGCAGCCACUCUCCAUGCACCGAGCUGCUGCAGGAUGUCCAGAGGACCAUCUGCUACCUGGAUGAAGAGCACAGAGCGUGGAGGGUCCUGACGAACCUACCUGGGAACACCAGCACCAUCAUGGCAGGCGUCGCUGUCCUCCACAACAGACUCUACAUCAUCGGAGGGGUGCACGAUGUCAGUAAAAAGGUCGUAGAGACGGGUUUCUGUUACAACCCCGAAGUUAACACAUGGUACACUAUCUGUGGCCCUCAGCAACUCCGCUACAACUUCACUCUGUUAGGACAUGACGACAGCCUGUACGCUCUGGGAGGGGAAUACAGCAUGAAGACCAUUUCAUCUGUGGAGAGGUACAGGGUGUCCAAUGGGAGCUGGAGUUUUGUUUCCCCCCUCCCUUCCCCUGCAGCCUCAGUGGCAUCUGCUGUUGCCAUGAACAGGAUUUUUAUCUGUCUCUGGAAAGGGAAGGGGGCCACAGAUAUCCUGGAGUACGUUCCCGAAACAGACCAGUGGCUUCUGGUCACCACACUCAUCCACCGGCACAGUUAUGGUCUUUAUAUGGCGGCCCAUAAUGACAAUCUGUAUGUGAUGCGAAACGGACCCUGUGAUGACUUCCUACUGUGCGUGAUGGACUGUUAUAAUCUGUCCUCCGGGCAGUGGACAGCCAUGUCUGGUCAGUACGGGAACAGUAAAGGCUCUCUGCUCACUUCUGUGGUCAGAGGAGACACUGUGUUCACCCUCAACAGACAUGUGACCACCGAGUACACCGUGGGCCAGAACAGAUGGAUUCUGAAGCGAGAGAUGCAAGGUUUUGGCAGAAUUGGAUCCAUGUAUACAUUUCUGAUGAGGCUGCCUAAAGCCUCUGUGUCUACAGUGGGCAAGUGUCUAGAUCUGACUCAGGACCAGAACAUCAGGGUCCUCAGUAACCGUACCAAACUGUCUCCACAUUGCUCUGCUAAUCUCUAAGAGGCGCUGAAAAAAAAUCGAUCUGGCUUGUUACUACAUACAGGUGUGUCUCAAAAAAUUUGAAAAAAAAAAAAAAAAGUUCAUAAAAGAAUUUUGUCAGUUAGUUAAGAAUUCCAUUUUAUGAAAAUGUUAUACUGUAUAUCCUAGACCCAUUUCACGUAAACUAAAAUGUUUCAAGCCUUUUAUUUAUUCGAAUUCCAAUAAUCACAGCCUUCAGCUCAAGCAAACAAACAAAUCUCAAAAAUGUUCAAUAUUUUAUUUAGAGUUUGAUAAAAUUACUAUUCAUACAGCAUAAAUCUCGUCUAUGUCCCGGUGUAGUUCAGUAAACACAACCACAAUCAUGGGGAAGACUGCUGGGGGGAAGGUUACAGUUAUGUAAAGUUUCCUCCUUUAUGCCAGACGCAUCAUCAGCUCCUCGAGAGCCCGUUCUCUGUGGUUGUCAUGGACCAGCAGCACCUCUUUGAUGGCGUUCUGCUGGAACCCCAUCUCAUUAAACUGACCCACCAAGUGAAGGAACUCCUCCGCCUCAGAAAGAAGAAAUUAUUAUACAAUUUCAAAUCACUGACUGAAAAAAAUAAAAGUAAAGUCUGGGUGUCUCUUAGAAUAUAUAUAUGACCAAGAAAAUGUUGUAGCUCCUUGAAUGGUUCUACCUUCGUUUCGCAGUUUUGAAACAUCUCCAGAGCCUCUUCUACCUGGGCCAUGUCAUAACCCAUCUGACACAGGUGGUCACAUGCUACCAGGUAACUGAAGACCUGCAGACAGAAACACAGAAAGGUUCAUUCAUAUGGGAAACACCAACACCUUGGGGGUCAAAAACCAAAACUUAUAAAAAACUACAUUGAAGUGACUGAGAAUGUAUUCAGCUACUUUAUUGCCCGAAAAGUACGACCACAUAUCCAAAGCAAAAGUACUCAAUGCAGAAAAAUGCUCCCCUGUGACAGUUACACUAUCGUAUCAUUAAUAAUUCAUUAAUAUUACUCGUCCAUUAAUGUGUACAUAGCAUUUUAUAGAUUUGGAUUGGUCGUUUUUUAAUUUAUAGGAAUUGUGUUUUAUAAAUGUGUCAAAAUGAAAAAAGAGUGGAAGAAUAAAUUGGCAUGUAAUGGAUAAGGUACAAGUACUAUAUCAAAAUCUAUAUUUCAAUACUAUAUUUCAAUACUUUCAAUAACCUCAAGUUGUGUCUUAUUUUCUAGACUUCACAUGAAACACACCAGGCCACUCUGAUCAGUUUGCCCUGUCAUGUGCUGCUCAGUGUAAAACAAUCUGUGUGGGAGCAGGGUGACCUUUGGUGUCCUGACCAAAAGGACACUGAAUAAUGAAUUGGGACGUCAUUAGAUCCUCAAGCUGAUGGAGCAGCUGAUGGAUCAAAGACCUGUACUGCAAAGCGAGUUUAACCUACUCUGAUUAAACUUGGGGUUAAUAAAGUUAACGGUGCUACGACGGUGGUUAAGAUGUCAGACUGUUUGGUCUGUGUUAAUUUAACCAGAGUAUGUGGGCGAUGUACUGGAUAGUGGCUGAUCUUGAGUUUGUGGCCUGCCGUAUUCAUGCUAUGCUCAAUUUCAUGCUGUGAUAGGCAAGCAAGCCUUUGUUGACACAGUCUGUAACGAAUGGCACACGGACAUAGCACAAAUGACAAUAAAGCUGUAUUUUGUGAUUGAAUUAAGAUAUCCAUUUGACCACAAGUGACUGUAUUGAAGGAAAUGUUUUCUUUUGCUGCAUGUAUUGAAAAUUGUGUUCAUGUUUGAGCAUUUUACACAGAAAAUGUGUCAUUUUGGAUAGCGUGCUUCUGUUUGAGCCUGUGACUAUAGAAAAAUGUUCUGUAUGUAGGUGUGAGGUUUAGUUAAAGGGAUAUAUAUUUAAUAUGUUACCUUAUGGAACGGUGAUCAGUGAUGUCAUUUAACAGAGU